GCUAGAAACGGCCCUCUUUUAAAGUUCCUGGGGGAAGAGUGGGGCGACCCGGACAAACCGAGGGGAAAAGGGCCAAGAUCGAACUCAGGGGAUAAAUAUUUACACAGAUUUCAACACGGGAGGAUUAAUAUUAAACCGGAUACAAGAAAUCUAAGGUGAGACACAGAAAACCAUCGUCUUGAGCCCGAGAACGUCAGAAAAUAAAGAAAAUGGCGGAGCCGGACAAAUUAAACAUCGACUCUAUAAUUCAGCGUCUCUUGGAAGUCAAAGGAUCUCGGCCAGGGAAGAACGUCCAGCUGACCGAGAAUGAGAUCCGUGGCCUCUGCCUCAAAUCUCGUGAAAUCUUCCUGAGCCAGCCGAUCCUGCUUGAACUGGAGGCUCCCCUGAAAAUCUGUGGCGAUGUCCAUGGUCAGUACUAUGAUCUGCUCCGGCUCUUUGAAUAUGGAGGGUUCCCCCCAGAAAGCAACUACCUGUUCCUGGGUGACUACGUCGACAGAGGAAAGCAGUCACUGGAGACCAUCUGCCUGCUUCUAGCCUAUAAGAUUAAAUACCCAGAGAACUUUUUCCUGCUGCGUGGCAACCAUGAAUGCGCCUCUAUUAAUCGAAUCUAUGGCUUUUAUGAUGAGUGUAAGCGACGGUAUAACAUUAAAUUGUGGAAGACCUUCACAGACUGCUUCAAUUGUUUACCUGUGGCUGCCAUUGUAGAUGAGAAAAUCUUCUGCUGUCAUGGAGGCCUCUCUCCUGAUCUCCAGUCAAUGGAGCAGAUCCGCAGAGUUAUGCGACCCACAGACGUGCCUGACCAGGGUUUGUUGUGCGACCUGCUGUGGGCCGACCCAGACAAAGAUGUGCUCGGCUGGGGUGAAAACGACCGUGGAGUCUCCUUCACAUUCGGUGCAGAUGUGGUGGCCAAAUUUUUGCACAAACAUGACAUGGACCUAAUAUGCAGGGCGCAUCAGGUGGUUGAAGAUGGUUACGAGUUUUUUGCAAAGAGGCAGCUCGUCACUCUGUUCUCCGCUCCCAACUACUGUGGAGAGUUUGACAACGCUGGCGCCAUGAUGAGUGUGGAUGAGACGCUCAUGUGCUCCUUCCAGAUUCUGAAGCCAGCAGAUAAGAAAUUAUAUCCUUACGGUGCUGGGGGAGGAAUGGGAUCAGGGAGGCCGGUCACCCCUCCGCGAAAUUCAGCCAAGGCCACCAAGGCCAAGAAAUAACACCCACUGGGUCCACUUCCCACAACCUGCCACCCCCUGUUGGCCCAAUGCUUCUGUUUUUUGUUGUUGUUUUAUUUCUCCUCCUCUACCUCCCAAACCUUUGUCUCCCUUGUCACCAAACGGCAACAAAGAAACCAACUGUCCAGGGUUCAAUCAUGUUUUUUCUCUCUAAAACUAUUUUUAACUGUUCGUUUGGUUGACUGGUUGAAUUUUGCGUGAAUGAGUGUGUUUAAAAAAAGAAAAAGAAAAAGUGUGAAUGAUGCAGAGGGAGCUUCUGUAUUCUGUACGUAUGUUUUCUGCCUCCUCCUUUGCCCUGCGUUUGGUUUUCCUGUCAUUUUGUAGAGGUGGGCUCUGCCCAUCCUUCAUAUAAGCUCAAACCUUGCAGAAGAGGAGUGAAAAAGGGGUGGGGGGGGGCUUAGCUGUUUACGGUAAGGCCUGCACUGUUUGAUGUUAAACACAAGCUUUUGUACAUCCUGUCUCUGAGGUCCGUGUAUCUCUGUGUUAUGUGAUGGGUCGGGAGGGGGGUGCUGGGUUUUUGGGGAUCAAGUUGCACGGUCAUACGGUAACGGCACAUACCACACACUGGGUGCACGGGUGGAUAUAUGUGCAGGUGAGUCCUUGAAUGAAAUGGAUUCACAAUAAUAUAUAUAUAUUUUUCUUUCCUCUUCCAUUUUUGAAAACCAAUGAUUUCAGUCAUGGAUGUGAAAUAGUUUUGUUUUUUUUCUUCUUUUCUCUGUAGAUAAAUGAAACCAAUGUGGUUUUACUUUUUCUUUUUCUCGUUUUUAGUUCACUGAAGUUGAAUAAAAAAUAACCAUUUAUUUGAGGCAUGCCAUCAUGUUGAUCACUUUGCCAUUGCUUUAUGUUUGUCACGCAUAAUGGCUGUUUUUCUUUUCGUUUUUUUUUCCUCUCUGUGGUACCUUGAAUUGACAGGCGGUGUUUUAUAAGCGAGACUUUCAAAGCGUAGAAGCUAGGAUGUGUAAGUUUGGGUUAGUUUAACACCUAGUGGAAACAAAGUGGCAUUUACACAUAAGUGGAAAAAUCGUGAACAAAUGAACAACACAAAUCUGGUUGAGCCAGACGUUGCUGUUUUUAUCAAAUAAAAUCCUAAAUGUUUAUUUUUUCUAAUGAUUGUUGGCUUCUGAUGCAGCUAAUGAUUAUUUUUGCAAGGCUGAGAGGACCAGGAAGGUAAAUGACAUCACCACGUGCAGUUAACAUGUUGCACAAAUAGGCGCCACUGACACUGCAUCUGUAUUGAACUUUGCACACGAUACUUAAGAUGCCUGCUGAGGAGAUGAGAGAUUUUUUUCCCCCCCACAUUUUCACUGAUUAAAAACAAAAAAAAAAGCAAAACAUAAAAACAAAUGGAGACGAGAUGGUGAUUCAUUCACUCUAACCUUUCAAAAUGCUCCAGCUGAGACCACUUCACUCUUUGUUUUCUAUGAUGAAACGAAGAGUGGGUUUAUUUAAAUGUAAAAACCCACACUGAAUGAGGGGUGCAUGCACGUUUAGCUCGUGUUUUGCCAGUUUUAACACUGAUAUUUGAGAAGAUAAAUAAAUCCAAGGGCAGGGGAGGGGGAUUAUAUUAAUGAUAAUCAUGUGCAGUGAACUCUCAGUGAAUCCAGCGCGAGGCUGAGCAGCUAAUGCUGUGUGGCAGCGAGGUAGAUGAUUAUCUACGCUUCUUAGAUCGCUUUUUGUAAAAUAUGUUGCCCAGAUUGUGGAAUUACUUUAAUUGCUUGUGAGUGCAAUCAUUGCUUUGAGCACGUUCAGAAUUUCUUCUCACUGAAAAUUAAAAAAGAGUCAUAGACAAGAGUUGAACAUGAGCUACUGGGUAUUAUUCAAGUGUACCACCUGCUGCCCCUCUUAUAUAAUCACCUUGACUUGAUUCAGAUUCCAGAUUCAUGAAUUUUUAAUGGGAACCAUCUCUAUUACCUCCUAAUGUUAGAGCUGGUCCACCACCCCCAACCCCCACCUCCUCCGUGGCAAACAGGGUGUUCCCAGUCUAAGCGGGCCAUAGUUCAGCGCAGGCUGUUGUAAACUGCUGGAGAAAUCUCCCUGCAGUGUUUCAGGGUGUCUUACUGCCCUUUUCUGAAACUUUUUUUUUUUUUUUGCAUCAUUGGUCGGUCUGAUUUCAUUCAUCUGUCCUCGCGUUCUCGUGUACACAGUCACAGUCAUCCCAGCCCCACUGCGAUUUCUAUCAAACCCACGUACGUGAUGGCUUUUUAACAGGGGAGAGACAGUGGGACUCCUAACUGCAGCAGAUAGUGCAGAAAAAGGCUGCUGCUGGUGGGGGGAGAGCAUCAUUAGAUUUCAUCGUGUGCUCAUGUCUGAUUCACAUUGAGUAAUUUCAACUCAGGAAGUGAAAUUUAAAUAUAUUCAAAUAAAAUGAUAUGAUUCAUGUACUGAGAAAAAUCCAAGCUUAGAUGCCAUUAUUGCAGAAUAUGUGUACGUGUGAGUGAUUUCAGUUUGUGUUCAUAUUUCAAAGUGGCUAAAUGAAGCUCGGGCUUGGCAUGCUGGCGAAUGGUGCAUGGUGGGUGGGUGGGGAAGCUGAUAUGAUUUACAAAGAGAUCUGAAAAUGUAUGGAAAUUUGUGAUAUUGUAGGAUAACAAAGGGUUUAUACGAGGCUUGAGGCUGUCUCCACAACAGUAAGUGGCUACUGUAAAACGGUCCAAUAAAGGCCACUUCCACUCCCAUUUCAUAGCUGUACAAACGCUUAUGACUUUUUAAAUUGCUUCGCUAUAUUUACAGUUGUUACCUCUAAGAAUCUGCGCUUUCAUCGCUUUUUCUCUCAGUCUUGGUUUUUACUGACAAAUUUAACCCCAGAUACUGCAAAGCUUCUUAGUCUAGGAUUUUUUUAAUCAAUCAGGGAUGUUUUGCACCAUGCACUGUCGCUGGGUAGAAAUAAAAAAUCAUUAGAUUGUUACGAUUAAGAUAACAAAACAACGGAUAUAAAUAGUAUUUUUAUUUGUAUUUCAUUUGUUUUCAAGUCGACCACGAUUUGUCUCUGUUUAAAGGUAGAAAUAAAAUGGAAUUUAUACA